AUGGAAGAGGUGUUGAAGGGGAUGAAUAGUGUAAGGAUUUUCGAGGCUAAGGUAUCGGUGACCGUCACUAAUUUUGGUAAGGAUAACCGUAGGUACCCACAACAACAAAACAAUGGCUAUGGGAUGAAUCAGGUACCUAGGGUGCAUGCUGAACAGGCCCUUAGCCAGACGGGUCAAAAUCUUAGAAACAUGCAAAGAAAAUCAUUGAAUCAUGGGGUGAAUCUGGAUAAAGGUAAGGAACGGAAGCUCAAGUUGUGUGAAUUGGAGGAGCUAAGAGAGAUGGCAUAUGAAUACGCAUCUCAAUACAAGGACGGAAUGAAGAGAGCGCAUGAUGCCAAAUAUAAUCGUUUUCGUUUGAUACUAAUCUCUCUUGAUUGUGUGAAGUCCGGACAUUCCGAACGGGUCAUGAAGACACAAGAGGAGAAUGAUGCAAGAUUAUAUAGACAAGAUUGGGAGUGGGUGAAGUUCAGGGAUAGCCAAAGUGCUAAAAUUUGGGAUGACGAGAAGAACAAACCGUUGUCCCAUUAUCAAGACAGGAAGUUAGAGGCUAAGUUGUGGAAGUGGAAGAUGGUGAACGGUGUGAAUACCUUAGUGCCAACAAGGGUAAUAUGUGAAAGGGUGGUGAACGUGGAAGAAUUUCGUAACAUCGGGAUUGUGCAAAUGUUUGAGCGUUUAGGAUGGGAAAGCGUUCUUGAUUGGUGCGAAGAUAAUACUUCCAGGAUUUAUUUGUCGGAAGUAUGUGAAUGGUUGUCUACCUUGAAGCUUGUGAACAAGAAUGAAUCUCCUUCACAGUGGAAGUUGGUGGGGAAGACUACUCGAGGGAGCAUGACAAUGUCUUUCGAGACCAUGAAUCGUAUUGCUCGUUUCGAUUCUUUGGGAGUACAAGCUUAUGAUUACCCAUCCAUCGAGCAGUUUUUGGAUAAUCAUUUGAAUAACAACGAUUUCGAGCAACUGUUAGAUAUUAUCUUACCGACCCACCAAGGAGGAGAAAUGAAACGAAAGCAAAUGUCGCGUGAGGGAAAGAUUCUUCAAGGGAUCUCGGUUGAGAACAUCUUGGCAAGGUUUGGUGACCGUGGAGGAGUGAGACCAGUGGAGGAGUUUAAUGUGGGGUACAUGCGGAAGAAUUGGAAGAUCAAAGUUAAGUUCUCGGGAAACAAGUACGUUGUGACCGAUGACUUGGGGAACAAGUAUGAGAUCCGUACUGCUGGAGCACCACCCGUAGCGGAAGAAGAUGAGGAAAUGGGUGAAGAAGAGGAGGAAGUUGAACCCUCCGGUGCACAAAGACCAAGGCAACGAUAUAUGCGGCCACAUAGGGAAAUUAACGCAGAGGUGGCAGGUUUUGUGACCAGGAGACGGGUGCCCUCCUAUAAAAAUUUUGAUCGGGGGCAACAAGAGAUAUAUGACAAUGUCUCCGCGUGCAUAGGUGAAGGACGGGAAUACAGUCAAAGAAGAGAAGCUUGGGAAGGGUCGCAUGGAUCCGCAAUGCAAGAAUAUUGGGCAGCUCAAGAAGCCCAGAGGGAAAGAAUGAACAAGUUUAUGGAAGAACAAGAACUGUUUCAAGCGAUGCAAAGAUCACACAUGGAACAGUUGGCAAAAAUGCAGGAGGAUGAGGCUGCCCGAAGACGGGCAUGGGAAGAAGCAGCGGCAGCACGUCAACAAGAAGAAACAGAAUUGAACCGACGUUGUUGGAGUGCUUUGUACGUCUCUCAACAAAUGGCGAUUAAUAACACCAAAGUGCUGCAUAAUCAGGAGCGGCACCAAAGAGACUACCAAGCCGGCCUCCCGUACACCGAGCACUCGGGGUGGACAAAUUACCCCGAUCUUCCCUACCCGCAAGGCCCAUCCGACCCGACUCCACAUUGGCCCGAAGCAUUUCGGGUAUAA